AUGGACUUGCCUUGGACCUUCCCUGCUUGUGCUGCUCUAUUACGGCCAGCUCUUGCCGUGGCUCAGGACCGUGAGCGAGGCAAGCUUAGGGGGCGGCCCCUUCCCCAGGCCCACACGAUCCCCUUCCCUGCAGAUGAGUUCUACAACGAAACUCACGCAGAGAUGUUUCUGCAGCUCUAUGAGCAGACAGCCCAGGUUUUGUUGAACGAGUUCAUGGAGGCCACUUGGAGUUAUGUCACCAACAUCACCAAGAAAAAUCGAAAGAACAUGCUGCAGAAGGAGGUGGAGAGGUCUCAGCUCAUGUUAUACUUCGGCACCCGGGCCCGCCUGUUUAAGAAAGACCAUUUCCAGGACCCGGAAGUGAAGCGCAAGCUGAGUAAGCUGCAGAACGUAGACAAGUCGGCCUUGCCCACGGAGGAUCUCCGGGAGUACAACAGACUUCUGACCAACAUGGAGGCAAUAUAUAACACAGCCGAAGUAUGCCUGGAUGAGGGUCCCUGCUUGUCCUUGGAGCCUGACCUGGAAGAAAUCAUGGCCACCUCCAGGGAUCAGAAGGAGUUGCUGUGGGCCUGGCAGGGCUGGCGCGAUACUGUGGGUCGUGCUCUCCGUCCUACCUUCGAGGCCUAUGUACAUCUCAGCAACAAGGCUGCACAGUAUAAUGGGUACAAAGACAUGGGGGCUCUGUGGCGAUCUAAGUAUGAGUCUGACAGCCUGGAGGAAGACGUGAAGCAACUCUUUGAGGAGCUGCAGCCUCUCUACCUGAACCUACAUGCCUAUGUGCGACGCUCACUGUACCGCUACUACGGGCCUGAGCUCAUUGACCUGCGGGGUCCCAUCCCUGCCCACCUCCUGGGGAACAUGUGGGCUCAGUCCUGGGACAACAUCCUAGACCUGGUCCUGCCCUACCCAAAAAAGCCCCCUGAGGACAUCACAAAGAUCAUGAAGAGCCAGCACUGGAGGCCUGAAAAACUGUUUCAAGAGGCUAACCAAUUCUUUACCUCUAUGGGACUGCUGCCCGCCCCACCUGACUUCUGGUCAAAAUCAAUGUUGGAGAGGCCAGUGGAUGGGCGGGAAGUGGAGUGCCACGCCUCAUCAUGGAACUUCUACAAGCGUGAUGACUUCAGGGUAAAGAAGUGCACCGAGGUGACCAUAGAAGACCUGCUCUCCAUAUUCCACCAGAUGGGCCACAUCCAGUACUUCAUGCAGUCCCAGAACCUCUCUAUCAUCUUCCAAGAAGGCGCCAGCCCAGCCUUCGAAGAAGCUGUGGGGUCGGCCAUCACUCUCUCAGCCUCCUCCCACAAGCACCUGCUCAACAGAGGUCUGCUGAGCCGCGAAUACCAGGACUCAGAGGACGAGGUCAACUUCCUGUUAGGAAUUGCCUUGGAGAAGAUUCCCUUCGUUCCCUUCAGCUACAUGGUAGACCUGUUCCGCUGGAAGGUCUUUGACGGCACAAUUGAGAAGAACUCCUACAACCAGGAGUGGUGGAACCUCAGGCUGAAGUACCAAGGCCUAUGCCCACCCAUGCCUCGGUCAGAAGAGGAUUUUGACCCGGGUGCCAAAUUCCACAUUCCUGCCAACGUGCCCUACAUCCGAUACUUCCUCAGCCUAGUGCUCCAGUUUCAAUUUCAUGAAGCACUGUGCAGGGCCGCAGGCCACGUGGGCCCUCUGCACCGGUGUAAUAUCUAUAACUCCAAGGUGGCCGGGAAGAUCCUGGGGGAUAUCCUGAAGCUGGGCUCCAGCCGACCCUGGCAGGAGGUCCUGAAGGAGAUGACUGGGGAGUCCAACAUAUCCACCAAGGCCCUCAUGACCUACUUCAAGCCGCUGCUGAACUGGCUGGUGUCCGAAAACGUGAAGCAAGGAGACACUCUUGGCUGGCCAGACUACGGCUGUUCUUUUGAAGAAAAAGACACAAACAAAGUGUCGUUCCUGGGGAUGGAGCUGGAGCCUGAGCAGGCACACCUGGGGCAGUGGGUGCUGCUGAGCAUGAGCUUUGUCAUGCUCUUCCUCAUCCUGGGGCUGGGCUUCAGGCUGCACUACUUGGAGAAACGGUCACUGGACAAGGACACUAUGAUACUGAGCACACUGCCCUACACCUACUUCCUGGGCAUAGCCAUGGAACCCCGCCAGGCAGCCCGAAAACAGUGGAUUCUGCUGGGCCUGUGUUUCAUCCUCACCCUGUGCUCUGUUGGCCUGCUCAUUCGGAUCCUUACACAACACAGCAGGAAGCCUCCAUGGAUGAGAGCUGAAUGGCAGAGCUGGGAGUAG